CCCGUUUACCUUCCUCCCUCUCCCUCUCACUACCUUCUAUCCCUCUCAAUCGCUUUCUCUCUCUAGCUUUCUCUUUUGAGUUUUUUCUCUCUCUUGUUGAGUGGCGAUGGCGGAGGAAGCUCAGCCAGCCCCACCUGCCGCGACCCAGGCGCUAACCGCCCCACCCCCGGCUGAAGAGGCACCACCAGCCACCAAAGAAGUGAAGGUGGAGGAACUUGAACCCGCUUCCACUAAAGAAGUGGAAGUCCCAAAGGCGGAGGUCGCUGAGGACCCCAAACCGGAGGCCGAGACACCUCCUGAAGCCUCCCCUGAAAGUAAAGCGGUCGAGGAGAGCAUCCCUCAAUCUGUGUCCUUCAAGGAGGAGAGCACCCGCGUGGCCGAUCUUGAAGACCCGGAGAAGAAGGCUCUGGAAGAGCUCAAAACCCUGAUCGACCAGGCCCUCAAGGAGAACGGCCUCUCCACCCCUCCUCCUCCUCCUCCUCCUCCACCAAAGGAACAAGAGAAGCCCGCACCUCCCAAAGGAGAAGAAAAACCGGCUCCUGAAAAGGAAGCGGAGAAGGAAGAAGAGAAACCUGCAGAGAAGGAAGAACAGAAACCUGCAGCUUCCAGUGCGGUAGAAGCUCCUGCUGAGCCUGAGGUUGAGAAACCCAAGCCUGCCGAGCCUACUGCUGCCGAGAUCACACCUGAGGCCCCUGCUGCCCCCGAAACCACUCCGCCUUCAAAGGCAGAGGAUGUUCCGGCGCCUGCUUCUGAGGCACCACCAGCUGUCUCCGUGGAGACAGCAGCAGCUCCACCAGCAGCUCCCGCUGCUGAGGAUGAUGGUGCAAAGACAGUGGAAGCGAUUGAGGAGACCGUGGUCCCUUCAGCUUCCGCUCCUGCAGCUGAGGCCCCUGAAACUGAGGCCCCGGUGGUCACAGAGGAGCCGGCACAAGAGGCCCAGGUGACCCCUGAAGAGGUGUUUAUUUGGGGAAUCCCUCUUUUGGGAGAUGAGCGCAGCGAUGUGGUGCUAUUGAAGUUCCUGCGUGCUCGCGAUUUCAAGGUGAAGGAUGCUUUCACGAUGAUCAAGAACACAGUACAGUGGAGAAAGAGCUUUGAAAUUGAGGGGCUGUUGGAGGAGGAUCUGGGGAGCGACCUUGAGAGUGUGGUGUUCAUGAACGGUGUCGAUAGGGAGGGGCACCCUGUGUGCUACAAUGUUUAUGGGGAGUUUCAGAACAAGGAGAUCUAUCAGAAGACCUUCGCCGACGAGGAGAAGAGACAGAGGUUCUUGAGGUGGAGGAUUCAGUUCCUCGAGAAGGGGAUCAGGCAGUUGGACUUCACUCCUGGUGGUAUCAGUACUCUGGUUCAGGUCACUGAUCUCAAGAACUCGCCUGGGCCUGGAAAGCGCGAGCUCCGACAGGCCACUAACCAGGCCCUCUCGCUCCUCCAGGAUAAUUACCCUGAAUUUGUGGCCAAGCAGGUUUUUAUCAAUGUUCCAUGGUGGUACCUCGCCUUUAACAGGAUGAUCAGCCCGUUCCUGACCCAGAGGACCAAGAGCAAAUUUGUCUUUGCUGGCCCAUCCAAAUCGACCGAGACCCUUUUCAAGUACAUCGCUCCAGAACAAGUUCCAGUUCAGUAUGGAGGCCUGAGCAAAGAGAACGACACUGAAUUUUCUACUGCUGAUGCUGCCACAGAGUUUACCAUUAAGCCUGCAUCCAAGAACACUGUGGAGAUUCCAGUUACAGAGGCCUGCAUUCUGGUUUGGGAGCUCCGAAUUCUGGGAUGGGAUGUGAGCUAUGGUGCUGAGUUUGUUCCUAGCGCAGAGGACGGGUACACCGUAAUCGUCCAAAAGGCCAGAAAGAUCGCCAUUACCGAUGAGCCUGUCAUAAGGAACAGCUUCAAGAUAGGAGAACCAGGUAAAAUUGUGCUCACAGUUGACAACACAUCCUCAAAGAAGAAGAAACUCAUCUACCGAUACAAAACGAAGAAGACCGUCGAUAUAUCAGUCUAGAAAGGUUUUCAAAUGAUUGAUUCUUGGGUGAGGAAGAACGACUCUUAUCUUUCAGAUUUCCACUUGGCUUGCGCAUAAUCUGGAUUGAUGGUCAUAUAAAACAGCAAGAGAAGUGGGAAUUUAUUUGAGUUGGGGUUUUCAUUUUAUCUGAUUCCUGUCUGUUUUGUUAUUGGUUUUUUGAAUUUGUAUUGGGUUUGAGGAGUGGAAAGUAAUGAGGAAAUUGGAUCAUUUUGUGUUGGAAGAGGGAGGAGGGCUAUAGGAAGGAAAACAUUAUUUUGUGUUGGGAAUGUAUUUAGUAGAGUUGUGUAAAUUUGAUGCCUGAAUUUUAUUGUUAUGAGAUACCAAUGUUUCUUGUCUAAGCUCUAGAGAGACAGAGAGAGAGAGUCUUGUCCAAUAUUGGUUUUUCAUUGUAUGGGAUAAGGAGACAGACAUGGGCUGGUUUUUAAUUAAA